GCGAGCGGCCAACGACUCGGCUGAAAUAAAAACAAGUUGAGACUUGUUCACGAUUCUCCGGCAGAAAAACCGACAACUGGAAUUUCUCUCUCAAUCAUUCGACAACUUUCACAGGAGCAGAAGCUACCUGCCUGACUAAAAUUAUUUGUGAAUUAUUGAUAAGGUUAAUUUAAUUAUUGAAACGUUUGAGAAAAUUCGACACAAAUUGGAAUAUGGCGACGGCUGUUACUUCUUCUUCAGCUGGUGUAACGACAAAGGCAUCUUCGUCUACAGCUAAUUUCAUCCGAGGGCAAGAACCAGUUCCCAGUCUGUUAAAUCAUUAUCGUGGUCAUAAGGGUCCCAUUACGUCGCUUUGUUUUCAUCCGAACCUGCAAACGUUAUUCUCUUCAAGUUGUGAUGGGUAUAUUAUGUGUUGGAAUUAUAGGAAGGAGACGAGAGCAUUGAGAUUCGAAGGCCAUUGCGGACCGGUGAAUGAAGUCAACUUAUCGAGAUAUGGGGAUUUGAUGCUUUCUGCCUCGGAUGAUGGGACUGCUCGCGUUUGGGUCCCGAUAAUCAACGGUCAAUAUAUAUCCGUGAAGGCACAUAAUGGGGCGGUGAGAACGGCUUGUUUUAAUCCUGUUGAUUCGACCAUCUUUGCGACGGGAGGGAAUGACAAGACUGUAAAGUUAUGGGCCGUCCAGGCUGCUAAGAUGAAGAGUGGAGUCACAAAGUUUAAAUCUCAUGAUUUCAUCAGGUCGUAUCGUUCUCAUAAAAAUUGGAUCCAAUCAGUUCGAUUCUCACCUGACGGAAAUCUCCUCUGUUCCGCAUCUGAUGACAAGACUGUAAAGAUUUUCGACAUCCGAGAAAAAGGAGAAUGCAUCGCCUCUCUCAACUGUGACCUCGGGUCACCUCUCUACGCUGAAUUUAACCCCUGUGGGAGCUCCUACAUCGGUGUAGCCUCAAGUCAAAAUGCAUUCCUAAUGUAUGACGUCCGAGAAAGAAAGCUCAUUCAGAGCUACGUCAACUUAUUCAACGGUCCCGUAACUUCCUUCACAUUCCAUCCCUCUGGUGAUUUUGCUGUAUGCGUGUCGGAAGAAACAAAGAUCAAAAUUUUAGACCUGAUCGAAGGGAGGCCAAUCUUUACUUUGUACGGACCUCGAAAAGGAAUUGGGGCGACUGCGUUUAACGCCAAUGGAAACUUGUUCGCGACAGGGGGGAAGGAUGAAGAAGUUUUGAUUUGGGAGCCAACUCUCCUUCCAUAUGAAUCUGCAAAGGACGACGAGGAACAGACUGAAAAGGAAAAUAUUGGUGGAAGUAAUGUAGACAGUAGCAGUUCUACUACUACUAGUGAGGAAAAAUCUUCUAAAUCAGCAACCAACUCGAAAAGUAAGGUGGAUCAGACCCCAGCAAUUGUUAAAUCCAAUUCGAAAAAUGUCAGUUUGGACUCACUGUCACGGACGUCGUCGGCCACAUCAACGACCCCUUCAUCUGCCUCGUCAACCUCCUAAAUUAAGACUUAUACUGAUACUUCUUCUUAAUAAGAUUAUGCAUGUAGUCUUUGUUUUUAAACUUGUGCGAUUACUUUCGAUUUAGUAAUUUGAUUUUAUACCAUGCGUGUUUUUAAUUUGUUAUAUCGAUAACAUUUUAAUUUACCCUUUUUAAUUAGAUCUAAUUUCCCGUAUACCAAUAAUUUUUUUGUCGUUCCUUCUAAAAUUAUUUGUACGAGUCCAACGAACUGAACCUUCAUAUUAAUUAUUACUUUUGCACCUAUAAAAUUGUAUACAAUAAUCGCUAUUUUGUACUGUAUUUUGCUACCUCUACUGCAAAUAAAUCCAUCACGUUUACAUACACAAUUCAAAUCAA